AUGAUUAAAGCUGAGCUCGUCUCAGUCUCCGUCUCCGUCUCAGUCCCGGCUCCGGACAGUGGACCCGCUUGUGUCGCUGCAGACGGGGGUCCAGGGGUGGCUCCGUGGGGGGCCGCAGGGGGGACUCCCACUCACGGCACCAUGGACAACGAGUCGCAGUACUCUGGAUACUCCUACAAGUCCUCGCACUCGCACCGGAGCUCACGCAAACACAGGGAGCGCAGGGAUCGACGCCGCUCCAAAAGUCGAGAUGGCAGCAGCCGAGGAGACAAGUCCGUCACCAUCCACACACCAGGAGAACCACUGCUGGACGAGACCAGGGAGGAGCGGGACGAUAACUGGGGCGAGACCACCACCGUCGUCACGGGAACCUCAGACCACAGCGUCUCGAACGAGGACCUGACCCGCGGCUCCAAAGAGCUGGAGGAGAGCGCCCCCCUGAGGUGCUCUCGCUUCCUGGUCCCUGUGCUCUCGGCUCUGCUCGGCCUGGUCGCUCUCCUCACGCCGCUCGCGUUCCUGCUCCUGCCGCAGCUGCUGUGGCGGGAGUCCCUGGAGCCGUGUGGGACCCCCUGCGAGGGUCUGUACGUGUCCCUGGCCUUCAAGCUGCUGGUGCUGCUGCUGGCGUCCUGGGCCCUGUUCCUGCGCCCGCCACGGUCCUCUCUGCCGCGCUUCUACGUGUUCCGCUGUCUGCUCAUGGUGCUGGUGCUGCUGUUCGUGGCCUCCUAUUGGCUGUUCUACGGCGUGCGCGUGCUGGAGCCUCGGGAGCGUGACUUCAGAGGCAUCGUGGAGUACGCGGCGUCGCUGGUGGACGCUCUGCUCUUCAUCCAGUACCUCGCCCUGGUCCUGCUCGAGGUGCGGCAGCUGCAGCCUGCAUUCUGCCUCAAGGCCACUAGGAGCAGCGACGGGGCCAGCCGCUUCUACAACACUGGACAUCUCAGUAUCCAGAGAGCCGCUGUGUGGAUCCUGGACAGAUACUACAGUGACUUCCCCGUCUAUAACCCCGCCUCCCACAACCUCCCCAAGUCCAUCCUGAGCAAGAAGAUGAGCGGAUUCAAGGUCUACUCCAUCGACGAAAACCCCACGAACAACACGAGUGGUCAGUCCAGAGCCAUGAUCGCCGCCGCCGCCAGGAGACGAGACAACUCCCACAACGAGUUCUACUACGAGGAGGCGGAGCUGGAGAGGAGGCUCCGCAAGCGCAAGGCCAGGUCAGACCCCGCCCUGUCAGACCCCCCCUGUCAGACCCCCCCCUGUCAGACCCCACCCUGUCAGACCCCUCCUGUCAUACCCCCCCUGUCAGACCCCCCCCUGUCAGACCCCCCCCUGUCAGACCCCACCCUGCCAGACCCCGCCCUGUCAUACCCCGCCCUGCCAGACUCCGCCCUGUCAGACCCCCCCUGUCAGACCCCCCCUGUCAGACCCCCCCUGUCAGACCCCCCCUGUCAGACCCCGCCCUGUCAGACCCCGCCCUGUCAGACCCCGCCCUGUCGUGUCAGACCCCCCCUGUCAUACCCCGCCCUGCCAGACUCCGCCCUGUCAGACCCCCCCCUGUCAGACCCGCCCUGUCAUACCCCGCCCUGUCAGACCCCGCCCUGUCAGACCCCCCCCCUGUCAGACCCCCCCCUGUCAGACCCCGCCCUGUCAGACCCCCCCCCUGUCAGACCCCACCCUGUCAGACCCCCCCUUGUCAGACCCUACCCUGCCAGACCCCACCCUGUCAGACCCCACCCUGUCAGACCCCACCCUGUCAGACCCCGCCCUGUCAGACCCCGCCCUGUCAGACCCCGCCCUGUCAGACCCCACCCUGUCAGACCCCACCCUGUCAGACCCCCCCUGUCAGACCCCCCCUGUCAGACCCUACCCUGUCAGACCCCACCCUGUCAGACCCCCCCUGUCAGACCCCCCCCUGUCAGACCCCCCCCUGUCAGACCCCCCCCUGUCAGACCCCGCCCUGUCAGACCCCGCCCUGUCAGACCCCGCCCUGUCAGACCCCGCCCUGUCAGACCCCUCCUGUCAUACCCCCCCCUGUCAGACCCCACCCUGUCAGACCCCCCCCUGUCAGACCCCGCCCUGUCAGACCCCACCCUGUCAGACCCCCCCCUGUCAGACCCCCCCCUGUCAGACCCCGCCCUGUCAGACCCCGUCCUGUCAGACCCCGUCCUGUCAGACCCCGUCCUGUCAGACCCCGUCCUGUCAGACCCCGCCCUGUCAGACUCCGCCCUGUCAGACCCCGCCCUGUCAGACCCCGCCCUGUCAGACCCUACCCUGCCAGACCCCGCCCUGUCAGACCCCACCCUGUCAGACCCCGCCCUGUCAGACCCCUUCAUGUCAGACCCCGCCCUGUCAGACCCCGUCCUGUCAGACCCCGCCCUGUCAGACCCCUUCAUGUCAGACCCCGCCCUGUCAGACCCCGCCCUGUCAGACCCCACCCUGUCAGACCCCCCCCUGUCAGACCCCCCCCUGUCAGACCCCGCCCUGUCAGACCCCGUCCUGUCAGACCCCGUCCUGUCAGACCCCGUCCUGUCAGACCCCGUCCUGUCAGACCCCGCCCUGUCAGACUCCGCCCUGUCAGACCCCGCCCUGUCAGACCCCGCCCUGUCAGACCCUACCCUGCCAGACCCCGCCCUGUCAGACCCCACCCUGUCAGACCCCGCCCUGUCAGACCCCUUCAUGUCAGACCCCGCCCUGUCAGACCCCGUCCUGUCAGACCCCGCCCUGUCAGACCCCUUCCUGUCAGACCCCUUCCUGUCAGACCCCGCCCUGUCAGACCCCGCCCUGUCAGACCCCGCCCUGUCAGACCCCACCCUGUCAGACCCCGCCCUGUCAGACCCCCCCUGUCAGACUCCGCCCUGUCAGACUCCGCCCUGUCAGACCCCCCCCUGUCAGACCCCCCCCUGUCAGACCCCGCCCUGUCAGACCCCGUCCUGUCAGACCCCGUCCUGUCAGACCCCGUCCUGUCAGACUCCGCCCUGUCAGACCCCGCCCUGUCAGACCCCGCCCUGUCAGACCCCUUCCUGUCAGACCCCACCCUGUCAGACCCCGCCCUGUCAGACCCCCCCUGUCAGACUCCGCCCUGUCAGACCCCUUCCUGUCAGACCCCGCCCUGUCAGACCCCCCCUGUCAGACUCCGCCCUGUCAGACCCCUUCCUGUCAGACCCCGCCCUGUCAGACCCCGCCCUGUCAGACCCCGCCCUGUCAGACCCCGCCCUGUCAGACCCCACCCUGUCAGACCCCGCCCUGUCAGACCCCCCCCUGUCAGACCCCGCCCUGUCAGACCCCGCCCUGUCAGACCCCGCCCUGUCAGACCCCGCCCUGUCAGACCCCGCCCUGUCAGACCCCACCCUGUCAGACCCCGCCCUGUCAGACCCCCCCUGUCAGACUCCGCCCUGUCAGACCCCGCCCUGUCAGACCCCGCCCUGUCAGACCCCGCCCUGUCAGACCCCGCCCUGUCAGACCCCGCCCUGUCAGACCCCGCCCUGUCAGACCCCACCCUGUCAGACCCCACCCUGUCAGACCCCGCCCUGUCAGACCCCACCCUGUCAGACCCCGCCCUGUCAGACCCCGCCCUGUCAGACCCCGCCCUGUCAGACCCCACCCUGUCAGACCCCACCCUGUCAGACCCCGCCCUGUCAGACCCACCCUGUCAGACCCCGCCCUGUCAGACCCCGCCCUGUCAGACCCCGCCCUGUGUCAGACCCCACCCUGUCAGACCCCGCCCUGUCAGACCCCCCCUGUCAGACUCCGCCCUGUCAGACCCCGCCCUGUCAGACCCCGCCCUGUCAGACCCCGCCCUGUCAGACCCCGUCCUGUCUGAACCCCCUCCCUGCCAGACCCUCUGUGCUUCUGCUGGUGGUGGCGGUGGAGGAGGCCUUCACUCACAUCAGACGGCUCCAGGAGGAUGAGUCGUCCUCCUCGUCCCCCAAACACCCCAGGGAGGUGAUGGACCCCCGGGAGGCGGCCCAGGCCAUCUUCGCCCCGAUGGCGAGGGCCAUGCAGAAGUACCUGAGGACCACCCGGCAGCAGGCCUUCCACAGCAUGGAGAACAUCCUGACCCACCUGCAGUUCUGCAUCACUCACAACAUGACGCCCAAGGCCUUCCUGGAGCGGUACCUGUGUGCCGGCCCCACGCUGCAGUACCAGAGCAGCACAGACAGGGGGCGGCAGUGGACUCUGGUGAGCGAGGAGCCCGUGACCUCUGCCCUGCGGCCGGGUCAGGUCUUCUCCCUGCGGCGCCAGGACUACUCGCUGGUCGUCACGGUUACGCCCCUCCCCUUCCUGCAGCUGGGGGAGGAGUUUGUGGACCCCAAGUCUCACCGCUUUGUGAUGCGGCUGCAGAGCGAGACCUCGAAUCCUCCUUGCCCCUGCAGUCCUCUGAGCCCCCCCCUCAACAACACUCCUCAAACCAAGAUCAGUAAACAGAUUCAUGAGUUGUGUAGAGGAAGUGUGGGUGUGUGGCUCGGACAUACACAUACAAUCCACUUCCUUCUGCUUCAGUCUCUCUUCAGCCGUCGACGAUUCUCCAGCUCCAGCUCCAGCCUCAGACACAAGAUGUUGGAGGACAUUAAAAUCUGUUACAUUCUGGAUGCGGUCCUUCUUCUUUACGGCCUCAUCCUCACCGUCCUCUACGGCAGACUCAAGAUCCAGCACUUAAAGGACUCAUACGCCAGCAGCUGCCCUGAGAAACAAGCUCCAGGACAAAUCUAUGUGGAACUGUCUGCUCCCGGCGUCGACACGUACGAGACCAUCCACGUGGAGAAGAAACAGUCCUUGGCCUGA